AUGAUUGUGAGGAACCUCACCACAGACCAACAUGCUCUUCUCGAAUUUAAGCACCGAAUCAUUGAUCCUCAUAACAUCUUAGCCAAUAACUGGACUACCACUACCUCUGUUUGCAAUUGGGUUGGUGUCUCUUGCGCUUCUAAGCAUAGGAGAGUCAACUCUUUGAAUCUUCCAAACAUGAAUCUUAUAGGAACUGUCCCACCACAUUUGGGAAAUCUCUCAUUCUUAGUAUCUCUUAAUUUGAGUCACAACAAUUUUCAUGGCCUUUUACCGAGAGAGUUGGGACAAUUAAGUCGUCUGAGACUCAUAGAAUUAAGCUUCAAUUUUCUUAGUGGGGAAAUUCCUUCAUGGUUUGGGAGAUUAAAUAAAGUUUUAUAUUUGAGCCUCUGGAGCAACAAUUUGACAGGUACAAUCCCUCAAUCACUAGCUCAAAUGUCCAACUUGGAAAUCUUGGACUUGAGGCAGAAUCUCGUUCAAGGACACAUUCCACCCGAGAUAAGUAAUCUUCUAAAUCUAAGGAUACUUCGUCUGGCAUUUAACCAACUUUCUGGUUCUGUCCCUUCAGUCAUUUAUAACAUUUCCUCCCUACACAUGAUUUCUCUUACGUCUAACAGUCUAUCUGGCAGUUUACCUGAAGAUAUAUGUCGCCAUCUUCCAAAUCUUGAGAGAUUUUACUUGACCUUAAACGAGUUUUCUGGUCAAAUUCCAUCAAGUAUAGAUGAAUGCAGGUGUCUUCAAAUUUUAACAUUAAACUUUAACAGAUUCAGUGGCAGCAUUCCAAGGAGUAUUGGAAAUUUAACGAGGCUCAAAGUGCUAAGCUUGGAUGGAAAUAAUUUGGAAGGUGAAAUUCCAUGGGAGAUUGGGAAUCUUAUUUCAUUGGAGACAUUAGCUGCAUCAUUUAUGCGCUUAAGUGGGUUGAUUCCACAUUCCAUCUUCAACAUUUCUUCUUUGAAGGCAAUUAGUCUUGCAAAUAAUAGUCUAUCAGGUAAAUUACCAUACAUGAGCUCUGCUUCAAAUCUUGAGAAGCUUUACUUAUGGGACAAUAAUCUCAGUGGAAAUAUUCCUGGCUCUAUCUCCAAUGUUUCUAAGCUCAGAAUCCUAGAAUUACAAAAUAACUCUUUCUUUGGCCUUAUUCCAGAGACACUUGGCAAUUUGAGGUUCCUUGAGCACUUGCUCCUUUGGUCGAAUCAUUUGACCACCAAAACUUCAACUCAUGAGUGGAGCUUUCUCAAUUCCUUGGCAAAUUGCAAGUAUCUAAGCAUUUUAGACCUAUCAUUCAACCCGUUGAAUGGCAUCCUUCCAGCUUCUAUCUCAAAUCUUUCCACAUCACUUCAACAAUUUAGUGUCAUUGAUUGCAAAAUUAGAGGCAGCAUUCCCAUGGAAAUUGGUAGCUUAAGCAACGCUAUAUUGUUAGAUCUUUCCUCUAAUAAAUUGAGUGGACCUAUUCCAACAACAGUAGGAAGGCUAAAAAAUCUCCAACUUUUGAAUCUUUCUGGAAAUAAGUUACAAGGCUCUAUCCCACAUGAUCUUUGUGGUUUGAAGGGAUUGUUCAAAUUAUCAUUAGGUGCAAAUGAGCUUGAUGGACUUUUACCGACAUGUUUGUGUGAUUUGACUUCUCUGAGAUAUCUAUACUUGUUCUCCAACAAAUUGCAUUCGCAAAUACCUUUAAGUUUUUGGAGCCUUAAAGAUAUCUUAGAAGUAGACUUGUCAUCAAACAAUCUUAGCGGUUCACUUCCACUUGACAUUGGAAAUUUAAAGGUACUUAUCUCUUUGAAUUUGUCAAGGAAUUUAUUAUCAAGUGAUAUUCCAUCCACAAUUGGAAGUCUCCAUGAUCUACAAGUUUUGAAUCUUUCCAGAAAUAGAUUACGAGGCCCUAUUCCAAAAUCAUUGGGUGACUUGAUGAGUUUGAAAAGCUUGGAUUUAUCUAACAACAAUCUCUCUGGAGUUAUUCCCAAGUCUUUGGAAAAACUUUAUGAUCUCAAUUAUUUUAAUGUGUCUUUCAAUAGAUUGGAAGGAGAAAUACCAAGUGGAGGGCCUUUUCUGAACUUCACAGCCAAAUCAUUCAUGAAAAAUUAUGCACUAUGUGGUUCACCUAGACUACAAGUCUCACCUUGCAAAAAUAAAAUCCAUCCAAAAUUCAAGAAGACCGCUCUUCAUGCUUUGAGGUAUGUUUUACCAACAUUUGCUUCAAUAAUAAUAGUUGUAGCUGUCAUAAUUGUCUACAAAAAAGGGCAGCGGGGGAAUAUGAAUUUGGCAACGGUUGAAGAUUUAAUUCCUCUCAAGAAAAGGAGAAGAGUUUCGUAUAAUCAACUAUUGCAAGGGACUGGUGGAUUUAGUGGGAAUAACUUACUUGGUUCAGGAAGUUUUGGCUCUGUAUACAAAGGAAUACUUUCAGAUGGAACAGAAGUCGCAAUAAAAGUUUUCAAUUUGCAAAUAGAUGGAGCAUUUAAGAGUUUUGACAUUGAAUGUGAAGUGAUGAGCAAUAUCCUUCAUCGCAAUCUUGUCAAGGUUAUUACUUGUUGUUCAACUAUUGAUUUCAAAGCCUUAGUGCUUGAGUUCAUGCCUAAUGGGAGCCUUGACAAAUGGUUAUAUUCUUACAACUAUGUAUUGGAUAUCCUACAAAGAAUCAACAUAAUGAUAGAUGUUGCAUCGGCAUUAGAAUACCUUCAUUUGGGACAUCCGAUUCCGAUAAUCCAUUGUGACCUAAAACCAAGUAAUGUCUUAUUGGAUGAGGACAUGGUUGCACACGUGGGAGAUUUUGGAAUUGCCAAGCUAUUGGGAGAAGGAGAUUCCACCAAACAAACAAUGACACUAGCUACUGUUGGCUAUAUGGCGCCAGAAUACGGAUCAAUGGGAAUUAUUUCAACAAAGAGUGAUGUCUAUAACUAUGGUAUUCUAUUAAUAGAGACUUUCACAAGAAAGAAGCCCACAGAUGAAAUUUUUGUUGGAGAAAUGAGUAUAAAGCAUUGGGUGAAAAGCUCAUUAUCUAAUGAAAUAAUUGGUGUAAUAGAUUCUAGUUUAGUGCAAGAAAUGGAUGAAUAUUUUGUUAUUAAGGCAAAUUGUAUAUCAUCUAUUAUGAGAAUAGCUUUGGAUUGUUCAGCUGAAUUACCUGAAGAUAGAUUAGAUAUGAAGAAUGUUGUCUCCAUGCUGAAGAAUAUCAAAAGAGAAUAUCUAAACAACAUUACGCAGGAUGAAUAA